CUCCCUCCUAAGGGCUAUUCUGUUAAGUAGUAGAGGGUAUAUACCGACAUUGCGACGAUUUCGAUCUGUCCUUAUCCCCUACCCAGGUUCAAAAGACAUCUUCACAAUGGCCACCAACGUUUCCAGCGACCUCAUCUGGCAGCUCACCCGCACCCAGAAUGCUUUUCUGGUCAAGCGUAACAGCGGCGGUGGCUCCCAGUUCUCCCGUGACCCCCUGAACCUAGAGAACCAGCACUCUUUCAAGUACGCCGGUUAUGCCAACACCAAGGCCGUGGGUGUGCAGCCCACCGAGAACGGUGGCGUUGUUGUCCUCACCAAGAAGACCAGCAACCCUCAGCAGCCUGCGAAGAACGUCGUUAGCGUGACCUAUGGCCCUAACGCCUCCACCCGCAAGAUCUACAAGGGUGUUGCCGAUAAGACCGCCAAGAACGGAUACCGUGGUGAUGUCCGUGAGAGCGCCGUUGCCCGUGUGAGCGCCAUCCGCCGCAGCCAGCAGCCCAAGAAGGAGACUCCUCCCCAGAAGCUUCGCGGUGUCCAGGCUAGAAAGGCCGCGGAGAAGUCCGAGUAAAUUCCAAAAUUUUGGGAAGGGCUAUGAGGCAUGAUGUCACAAGGACUGGUCGCGUCGACCAAAAUAGCGCCGUGUUGGCCAAAGGCGGCAAUAUAUCUAUGUAAUUUAGCAAUACAUGCUAGCAUACCAGGGGACAUGAUCGUCCGGCCAGGCCAUUCAAAAUGGAAACAAAAAAAAUCUACCCAAGUUAUAA